AUGCAGUACAAGACUCUUUCCUUUCUCUUCCUCUCGGCCACUGCCCUGGCCGCGCCUGAACUUCAGAAGAAGGACGCGGCCGAUGAUGCCUACGAGAGCCUGAUGGGCUCGCUCAACAGCAUGCAAACCGACACCGAGGUCAUGGGAUUCGCCACAGCCUUUAGUGGCAUGACCGACUUCGAGAUGCCUACCAACAUGCCCACCGACAUGCCCGCCAUGCCCACGGGUGUGUCCUUGGACCUGCCUCCCAGCUCUAUCCAGUCGGUGCUGGCGACUGCCGUUCCUGCUUCGUUCCUGUCACAGAUGGCCAACCCCUCUGCUCAAUCGUCCCUGGUCAGCGAGAUCCAGAACGGCCACUUCCCUUCCUGGUACAAGGAUCUUCCCGGCGAUGUCAAGACCUACCUUUCGACUCACUAUGCCACCGGCGCCAUGCAGACUGGUGCUGGCGCGACCACCACUGGCGGAUCUGCCCAGUCCACCUCUGGCUCUAACUCUGACUCGACUUCGACUGGAGGUGCUCCUGCUGCUACCGGUGCUGUUGCUGCUAGUCUGGCGGGUGCAGCUGGUAUCUUGGGUCUUGCUGUUAUACUCUAA